UGUUAAUUCAAAGUGGGGUUGCGUGAGAGAGAGAGAGAGAGAGAGAGAGAGAGAGUCCAGUAUGAGCCUGAGUAGUUUCACAAGGGCUGCCUGUGUGGUGUCUCUCCUCCUUAAUCUCUUCUUGCUCAUCCGUCAGCAUGGAGAUGGAGUGGUGCCCAGUUGGAGCAGUAAAUCAGCAGAAGAGGCAGAGGAAGUUGCGUCCAUAUACUGCUCAGGCCAUGGAGCAGCGUACUUAGAUGGAGCUCUCUCUCAAGGAGGUAAACCUGUCUGUGAGUGUAAUUUAUGUUAUGGAGGUCCUGAUUGCUCUCAGAUCUUGCCUUCUUGUCCUGCAAAUGCUGAUGGGGGGGAUCCGUUGUUUCUUCAACCAUAUUGGAUCAAACAUGCUUCAAGUAGUGCCAUUACAGUCUCGGGGUGGCAUCGGAUGAGUUACGCAUUCCCUGAUCAAACGUUUGUAUCUGCCGAGCUGGUGAAGCAUAUUCAAAAAUUGCAUGAAGCUGUUGGAAAUGCAGUUAUAGAUAGAAAAUUCAUACUGUUUGGUGUUGGAUCCACACAAUUGCUUCAUGCAGCAUAUUAUGCCCUUUCCGACGACGAUCGCUUGUUAAAACCUGUUAAUAUUGUAGCACGGGUUCCUUACUACUCGAUGUAUAAAGACCAAGCAAGCAUGUUCAAGUCAAGUAACUUUCAAUGGCAAGGGGAUGCUUCUUUAUGGAAAAAUAUAUCCAACAAUUCUACCAACUCCUUCCUUGAAAUUGUGACUUCACCCAACAACCCUGAUAGUAAAUUAAGGCAACCAGUUCUUCAAGGUUCAUCUGUGAAGACUAUGUAUGAUCAUGCAUAUUAUUGGCCUCAUUAUUCAGCUAUCCCUACUCCUGCUAAUGGAGAUCUAAUGAUCUUCACACUCUCAAAGAUAACAGGUCAUGCCGGCAGCCGAUUUGGAUGGGCAGUCAUAAAAGAUGCUGAUGUGUAUCGCAGAAUGACUACAUAUUUACAAUUUAAUAGCAUGGGUGUCUCUCAUGAGACCCAAGUGCGAGCUCUUGAGUUAUUGAAGGUGGUCUUGGAAGAUGAAGGGAGGGCACUUUUUGAAUUUGGAUACAAAGUUAUAGCAGACCGAUGGGCAAAGCUGAACAAAAUCAUUUCAGCAUCUACGUAUUUCUCCCUGCAAAAAUUGUCUCCUCAAUAUUGCACUUACCUUCAAGAUGUUCAUCAACCUUCUCCUGGUAAGUAUUAA